GCGGCCGCCUCGGGUUUCCGGAGGGGCCGGAGGGCGGGCGAGGGCGUCACGUGCGCGCCGCCCGCGGGCCGGUUGGUCCCCGGGCGGGGGAGGGGCCGUGCGCUGCCUGGGUCGGGGUCGGGCCAGGGUCGGCACCUGGGACAUCCCCGAGGGAAGGGCCGGGAACAGGAGCGUCCCAGCGGCGGGCGGGCGAGCAGCGCGGAGUCGGCCCGGGGCGCACGCCGAGGAAGCCCCGCCGAUCCCAGGUCCCCGGUCCUGGGGCACCGCCCGCGGGCUCUGCGGGGUGGGCGGCUCCCGGGCCUGCCAUGAGCUCUCCGCCGCCUGCCCGCAGUGGCUUUUACCGCCAGGAGGUGACUAAGACGGCCUGGGAGGUGCGCGCCGUGUACCGGGACCUGCAGCCCGUGGGCUCGGGCGCCUAUGGCGCGGUGUGCUCGGCCGUGGACAGCCACACCGGCGCUAAGGUGGCCAUCAAGAAGCUGUACCGGCCCUUCCAGUCGGAGCUGUUCGCCAAGCGCGCCUACCGCGAGCUGCGCCUGCUCAAGCACAUGCGCCACGAGAACGUGAUUGGGCUGCUGGAUGUGUUCACUCCUGAUGAGACCCUGGAUGACUUCACAGACUUUUACCUGGUGAUGCCAUUCAUGGGCACCGACCUGGGCAAGCUCAUGAAACAUGAGAAGCUGGGCGAGGACCGGAUCCAGUUCCUCGUGUACCAGAUGCUGAAGGGGCUGAGGUAUAUCCAUGCUGCCGGCAUCAUCCACAGAGUGAGUCCUGGUGGAGGAGCCACCCAUCAGCCCUCCCCCAGCGCAAUCCCCCGCCUCCACGUCCUACCUGACCUGAAGCCUGGCAACCUGGCUGUGAACGAAGACUGUGAGCUGAAGAUCCUGGACUUUGGCCUGGCCAGGCAGGCAGACAGCGAGAUGACUGGCUAUGUGGUGACCCGGUGGUACCGGGCACCCGAGGUCAUCUUGAAUUGGAUGCGCUACACGCAGACGGUGGACAUCUGGUCUGUGGGGUGCAUCAUGGCGGAGAUGAUCACAGGCAAGACGCUGUUCAAAGGCAGCGACCACCUGGACCAGCUGAAGGAGAUCAUGAAAGUGACAGGGACGCCUCCAGCUGAGUUUGUGCAGCGGCUGCAGAGUGAUGAGGCCAAGAACUACAUGAAGGGCCUCCCUGAGUUGGAGAAGAAGGAUUUUGCCUCCAUCCUGACCAAUGCAAGCCCUCUAGCUGUGAACCUCCUGGAGAAGAUGCUGGUGCUGGAUGCGGAGCAGCGGGUGACGGCAGCCGAGGCACUGGCCCAUCCCUACUUCGAGUCCCUGCACGACACGGAAGAUGAGCCCCAGGUCCAGAAGUAUGACGACUCCUUUGAUGACGUGGACCGCACGCUGGAUGAAUGGAAGCGUGUUACUUACAAAGAGGUGCUCAGCUUCAAGCCUCCCCGGCAGCUGGGAGCCAGGGUCUCCAAGGAGACGGCUCUGUGAAGAUCUCUGAGCUCCAGGGUGGUAGUGAGGACCACCUUCACCUUCCACCUGAGAGGGGACCCUCGUUGCCACCUUGACCUUGGCUGGGGCUUGCAUCCCAAGGCAUCCGUCGGAGCAGACCCCUGGGUUCCAUGGACCCCCCUCCCCAUGCCCCUGCCUCUGCUCUCGGGUGCCCAUCCUGGAGGAGCACCUGAACUUUCUGGACAGGACCUCUGGCCGACCUGGGGAUGGCCUCUGAUGCCUGGAGCCGGGGCCCCCUUGCCCGGUGCCCUCAGAAACCUCGGAGCUGGUGGGGCUCCAGGUCAGGCCCUGGCCUCUGAGCCCUGCCUGCUCUGGGCCAUGCGGAGGAAGAACAGAGGGUGGGCGCAGGGCACCAACUCAGGGACAUCCCUUCUCCUGGGCGACGUCACUGGACCUUCCUGCACCCCUGCCUGGAAUGUAAAUCAGCUGUGUGGCGCCCACGUGGCUGGAAUGAAAUAGACCCUUUUGUAGCUCCCUG